UUCCAGACAAAGCAGAUGUCCAGGAGAAAGAGGUGAAGAAGUUUGAUGGGACAGGAUAUGACAAAGACCUGGUGGAAGCUUUGGAGAGAGACAUUAUAUCUCAGAAUCCAAAUGUUAAAUGGGAUGACAUUGCAGACUUGGAAGAUGCUAAAAAGCUCUUGAAAGAAGCAGUGGUGCUCCCAAUGUGGAUGCCAGCAUUUUUCAAAGGCAUUAGAAGACCGUGGAAGGGAGUGCUGAUGGUCGGACCUCCAGGUACAGGAAAAACACUUCUGGCUAAAGCUGUUGCUACAGAAUGCAGAACCACAUUUUUCAACGUCUCUUCAUCAACUCUCACCUCCAAGUACAGAGGAGAGUCUGAGAAACUGGUCCGCCUUCUCUUUGAAAUGGCCCGUUUUUAUGCUCCCACUACCAUCUUUAUCGAUGAAAUAGACUCCAUGUGCAGCCGCAGAGGAACCUCAGAGGAACACGAGGCCAGUCGACGAGUCAAAGCGGAGCUGCUGGUGCAGAUGGAUGGUGUUGGAGGAGCUUCAGAAAAUGACGACCCCUCAAAGAUGGUGAUGGUCUUGGCUGCCACCAACUUCCCCUGGGAUAUAGAUGAAGCUCUGAGGAGACGACUGGAGAAGAUCUACAUCCCUCUGCCUUCAACCAAAGGCCGAGUGGAGCUGCUCAGGAUCAACCUGAAAGAACUUGAACUGGCCGAGGACGUGGACAUGGACAAGAUCGCAGAGCAGAUGGAGGGUUAUUCUGGAGCAGACAUCACAAACGUGUGCAGGGACGCGUCUCUGAUGGCCAUGAGGCGAAGGAUCGAGGGCCUCACACCUGAAGAGAUCCGGAACAUUUCCAGGGACGAGAUGCACAUGCCCACCACCAUGGAGGACUUCGAGUCCGCCCUGAAGAAAGUCUCCAAAUCUGUGUCUGCGGCGGAUCUGGAGAAGUACGAGAAGUGGAUCGAAGAGUUCGGCUCCUGCUGAAACAGACAAGACCACUAUCCUGUGUGUGUGUGUGUGUGUGUGUCUGUCUGUCUGUCUGUCUGUCUGUCUGUGUCUCUGUGUGUGUGUGUGUGUGUGUGUGUGGGUGUGUGUGUCUGUCUGUGUCUCUGUGUGUGUGUCCCCAUGUGGGUGACAGUAGGUGAAUAUGUGCACUUAAUCUUGUGUUUUUUUAAAUUCUAUAUAUUGUAUGUAGUGUCAUGUUGGUGGAUGAAACAGUGGAUUUUUCCCAGGUGUUGGCAACACCUCCAUCAAACUGACAUGAUUACUGUAGUGUUAUUCACCAGUGUUGAACAUAUGAGAUGUGUAGCAGACAAACUGACAAACCUGAGGACACAGUGUGUCCUGUAGCAAACCCACACAAACACACACUGGAGUUUCCACUGAACGCCUCAGUGCCUUCUGCUGUCCUUUAUGGGACUCAGACAAACUCUGUCAUUUUAAUGCACUUAAUUUUACUGGGAAAUUCAAAGAUAACACUAAGAGAACAUUCCUAUGAAUAAAGCUAUUGUUUAUGAUA